AUGUCCUCCCGGUCAACGAAUAAUUUGCUCGCGGUUCCUGGCGCGAGGUCUCCCAUGGACAGUCAAGCCUCUCUCUCGUCUGACGUCCUCGCCCCAAUGUGCGAGAAUAAAGAACAGAAUCCGUCGUCCAUCAACAUCGUUCUGCCUAGCGUUCCCCUUGAGGGAGUCACUCUCCCGUCAGCUGAGUCUCUGGGCAUGCCUCCCGCUUCCCCCACCGGCUCCUGCAAUGCGUCCCAUUCAAUCACCCGCCCAAGUUCCAUCAUAGUAUCGGUAACGUCUCCACUCGAACAUGAAGCAGGAGCUCGAGACUCCUUCAGUCCGCAGUGGGAGGACCCCAGCGGUGACGAUAGCGGAACGAGGGGCUACGAUUUAACUACGGGAGUCGCAAAUCCUCGCUCGCACGCUGCUUCAGCUCUUGCAACUACUGCCGACACUGCAUCACAUUCUCCAGUAGUAGCCACUCCAGCUGGCGUUACGCCCGCAGAACCAGAUUUGACGCUAGGCCCGCAUCGUGAAGAAUACCCUAAUGACUACCUGCGAAGUUGGGCAAUAUUACCUGUCGAUACCGACUACGUCAAGAAAUAUGUGCGCGGCCUUAAAAUACCUCGUCGCGAAUCGACGUGUGAAGUUCCGCCCAUGACGAUCAAAAUCGAGUACGGACCUGCGCCAGACGGGUGGACUCGCCAAAUUCAUCCCGACGGAUGCAUCUACUUCUGGGAUCCGAAAAGACGCAUGGUCACAGGAGCAGAUCUCUACAACAAGGAAGUCCUAGCACGCAUAGAGAAGAGCGCAAGGCGUCUCGAAACUGUUAAAUGCAGUCUCGGCGAGGAAUUUCCAACCAACGCAGAAAUCAUGCUUGAGCUCCCUGACACCGGAGAUGAUGCCGAAUGCUACUACUAUUGCGCGAAUCCGGACGCGCGAACACUAUUUUGGAUUAACAAGAUGAACAUCGGAUGGACUAUCAGGGAAGUGAAGGGAAUCACUGAGCUGUCCCAAGCAAAGAUCGAGCUCGAAGCUCUGUAUUGGUAUGCCGACAUGUCGCUAGUUAACGUCCGAACCAGGACUCACUGGGAGCUGUUUCCACUCGAUAGACCGGUGGCUCCAGACUUGCUGCAGGAGUUGAUCGGUAUGAUGGUGCAUGGUGGUGUUGAUCAGGCAACCUCGAGAAACUCGACAUUCCCAUACGGUAUCGAAAAGGUGAUGAUGCUCGUGGAACUGCUCAAGAAUAUCAAUUUCGUAGAGAACGCACAUGGAUACUCCGCUCAAGUUGUCGGGCGAGUAAUGAACUUCAUCCUUCACACAAGGUUCCUCAACUUGUAUGGUCAACGAGAGGCAAGACUCAGCAGUUGGGAAUCUAUCUACGAAGACGCUGAGGGAGCUCCAACUUUGCUGAUAACCAUCUUAUCCCCGCUCCUGUUUUUUGCCCCGGACAUUCAUAUGAGGAACCUCAAGCGUAUAUGGGUGGACAGCAUCAUCGUGGAAUCUGCCUGGAAGCAGUUCGUCGAUAACAUCGAGAGGGAGUGGGAAAAGUAUCUCAUCCCGGCCACAGUUCUGCUUUCGGUCAAUCUAGCCUUUCUGGCAAUUCCGAGUGUAGUUCAGUCGAACCAAGCCACGAACCUCCAGAUCUUGUCAGCGCUCACUCCUAGUCCCGCGAGUCCGGCACCGUCUCUCGCACAACUUGCGUCGUACAUCUCAACCGCUUCCUCCACCGGAACCAUCAUUGCAUUAUGGAAGGAGUCAUCGCAUGACAGCUGGAGAAGCGGCAAAUGCGCUUGCUGCUAA